AUGAAGCUGCUUGUUUUUGCUCUUGCCUCGCUGCAGGUAGAAGCUGCCAGAAGAAAUCCACAGACUUCUUUUGCCCGACAAAGUGCUUUGGAAGCGAAAUUGCGGCUCAGCCCGACUUUUAACCCGAAAUGCAGCGAGGACGAUGUGGACCAAGGAAUUCAAUGCGAAAGUGACUGCUUCCAAGAAUACUACCGCUGCCGCCGCCAGUGCAACAGAGACAACUCUUGCAAGCGAGAAUGUGCCACUAAAAAAGUGCGCUGUGAAAACGAGUGUCCGUGCAAUAUCAACUGCUACAGAGGAUGUCCCUGUGAGAACUUUCAGUGUACGAGUUGCGAGGAACUUCACAGUAUUGAACAGAGAGCGUGCGUACAACGAUGUCACAUGGACAACAACGUCCAAGUGUGUCCCUACACGAACUUGACUUGCAUGGACGAAAAGAUCAACGAGUACGAAGAUUGCAUUAACACCGACUGCCCCUGCAAGGCUGAACGACAGUACACUUGCGACACCCUUCCAAUGAUAAGUGACCGAGCAAUUUUCCCUACAUUUUCAAACCUUGACAGAAAUGUGAUCCACCGAAACAUGACCCAGGAGACCCUAAUGGAAAAUGGUUUUGCUAAGUACUUCGGCGUCAUGGCUGAAGAAUCAGGUCAUCGACUGAUGGACUAUCUCAAAUCGCAUCCAGAAACGUCUGAGUUAUUUAUCGGCUGCAAGCAUAAAACUGCCAAUGAAACUUUGGGAAUCUUCGUGACACCCCAAGAUCUCUUCCUCCAAGUCCACUACAAAUACUUCGACGUCUCUUACGCCCGAUCCGCGAGAAACUACUUCCUCUACUACAGCGACACUUUUGGACAUCCAAUCGGUUUCACUGAGGAUCAGAGAAUCAGGCUCCAGGGUACUGAUGAAUUCGACUGUCACGACCAAGGCUUGCCCGCUACGAAAUGCGGCCCAGAAAAGAUGGAUGAUCACAGAAUGUCCGCUGCUACUCAACUGAACUCAAUGUCGCUCCUUCGCUGUGGAAAGAACUCAAAAGCAAACACCCCCGGCUUUCUGAACAAUUACGAGACCGUUGGCUUCUAUCUCCAGUAG